AGCGCACAUACCUGCAUAACCGCAACCCACAAAUCUGGAGAGUUAGAAGGUUAAAAGCUGAUUUGCUCUCUAUACAGAUGGUAUAAAAGGGGGACAAUGGUAGCCCCUUUUACAUCCUUGUCCAUUUUAUUCUCCUCCUUCAGUACUAAUUCUAAGCUUUAUUCAAGGAGUAAUAUUUCGCAAUGCUUCGUCUCAAAAUCGCAUCAAAAUCUCUAGCACGCUCUAUUGGUGUUACCAAGCAACUACCAUUUAUGGCUCGUUGGAACUCUUCGAAGGGGGAAUGCUCCCAUUCAAGAAAUCUGAACGAGCCAGUCUCAAAGGAACAAUUAAAGAAAAAUGAAGAAGAAUAUGAAGACUUUAUCGAAAACAAGAUCAGUGGUAAGGAAUUUGUGAAGGAAAAUUACAAAGGGUUCAAAGAUCUCCAAGAUAAGGGUAAUAAAAUCCCAGAAGAGCAAGAACGUCCAGAAGACUUUAUGUGACAUGUGU